AGCCAGCGAAGGGUCGCGCCCUGCCCCGCUCCCGUCUGCCUGGCUUCGUCCUUCCUCUGGCUGCGGAGCCCCAACCCGUCCGCCAGCAGGGCCGCGAGGACAGGGUGAGGCAGGGCGCGCGGCCAGGGCCGUGCCCGGGUGGCCGAGGGCAUCGGGCGGGGCGGCGGGCCCGGCCGCCAGGUCUGCGAGCGCCAGCCCGACCGCAGCCCGAGGGCAACGCUGCAAAUAGCCGCGGUUUCCAGCCAGGGCCCGGCCUCCCUCCCGGCCUUCCGGACCUUUGGGAUUUUCUCUCCCUUCUUCCCGCCGCCCUCUCCUCCUGCCUCCUCCCCCCUGUGCACCCACCACAUCCUGUCCCACGCGGGAUGGUUCCUGCGCUGGCGCGUGGGACGUGCAGCCAGGGCCAGGAGACCAGCACCGAGGUCCAGCGUUCCAGAGGUCUAAUAAUCACGAAAAUUAAAUUAGGAUUAAUUGAGUGCAUACUAUGCGCCAGGCACCGUGCUGAGCGCUUUAAGGGUGGGAAUUCAUGAAAUCUUUACCAAUACCGGAUGAGGGUCGGUCAGCUCCAAUUUGCAGAUGGAGAAAUUGAGGCUCAAAGAGACUCCUCAGGUCCUAAGGUCACCCUGUGUGGACCUGCAAAUUGGGAAACCACCUCCCCGGCCCAGAGGCCCAUGCUGUUACUCUCCUCCAGCCCUGUGCAGCUUGCCCUUGUGGGCUGAGGCCUCAGUGGGAGGUAGGAAGCGGCUGACUGGGGGUCCAGAAUGCUGGUCUGCCACCAGUUCUCAAUGUAACCUACAGCAAGCCCAACCUGCCUCAGUUUCCACAUCUGUAAAAUGAAAGGGAUGAAAAGCAAAACUCAGUUCCCAUAAGGAAGAGCUUAACAAUGGAAAACCGAAAAUGGAAUGGGAAGCGUUAAGCAUCCGGCCCUGGGAAAGUGCAGUGGGAGGCUGUGUGCCCGCCUCCUGGAGUGCUGAGACAAACCCAGACCACGGAGGGCUGGGUCAGAACUGGGCUGCCGGGGAAUCUGCAUUUUAGCAAAUGGAGGGAUUCUGAAGCCAUCAGGUUUGGGAUCCACCAAAAAGAUUCCUGGAAGGGGGUGGAGGUGGUAUGUGUGUGAGGCGGGUGUCCUCCCUCAAACCUCCACACUUGCCCUCAUUCAUUUCUGGCUUUGCUGGCCUGGACUCAGAGUGAUGGCACAUUUCUUAAGGACCUACUGUGGGCUACGCACAUAUAUGACAGCCCCACCCUCAGAGAGCUCAUGGCAUAAUCAACUACCAUACGGCAGACUGGCAGGGCUGCCCUCAGCCCAGCUGGCCCCUUUGGAAGAAAUGGAGCAAAGCAUCUUCUUCCAGGGGUGCACAGCCUCACAGCAGGCUGUGUAGUUUAGUGAGCAGAACGAGAGCCGGGGUUCACCUCCACACUCCCCGUCGGCAGCCACCUCUUUGCAGGAGAUAGCCUGCAUGACCUCUCACCUCAGCCUCUGCAGAGCUGCAAGAGACAUAUGUGGGAGAUUUUGGAAAAGCCAGGAAAGGGGCCAAUUAAUUCUUGCUGGAGACAGGAAUAGAGACCAAAAAGCUCUACUGAGGAGGCGACCGUUAAGCUGGACCUUUAUGGAUGGGCGGGGGGUUGCCAGGUGGAAAGAGAAGUCCAGGCAGAGGCAACAGCCAAGGCCAAAGCAUGGGGGCAGGAAGUCUCAGCCUGUUCUGGGAGCAGGUAGGGCAGUACGUCCAUGGGCAGGGAGUGGCUGCGGGGCAGACUGGGAAGGAGGCGCACCCUUCCCUUGCUCCCAUCUCUAUGCUGGCACAUACCUAACAGAAUACAGCUUCUCUGCCAACCAGAGGUCUCCUCUCCUGGAGACUGGGAGAUGCUGUAAGACAUGGAUGGCAUCUUAUUCAUCUCACUCAGUGGCAAUAAUAGUAACCAUAAUCAUAGUUAACGGGUAUUAAAUAUUUAACAUCACCUACUGUGCUAAGUGCUCCACAGGCAUUACCUCAUUUCAUCCUCAAACAACUUUGGAAAUAAGUGCCAUUAUUAAUCCCGUUUUACAGAUGAGGAUUCUGGGGUUUAGCUGGGUAAAGUAAUGCACCUAAGGUCACACAGCUAUUUGGUGGUGGAGCUAGAGUUGGAAUUCAAGUCUCUCUGACCACAAGGCCCUUGUUCUAUACCAACAAAUGGACAGACAGAUGGAUGGAUGGGUGGGUGGAUGGAUGAGUGGGUGGAAGAGAGAGAGGAACUAAGCAAAGAAGGGCCUUGAAUGCUGUGCUGGGGAGCUUGAACUUUAUUCCAAGGAUGGUGGGGAGACAUCAAAAGGCUGUAAGCAAGGAGAAACAGGUCAGGUUGGGGCUUUAGAGAAAUCAGUUUGACAACAGUGGGAAGAGAGUUUAGAGCCAAUGACACUUGAGCAGGAAGCCAUUCUUCUAGCAAAUGCCAAUUCCCACUUGUGAGAGCCUCAUUUCUCUAAGCACUGUGCUAUUUCUCUUAGGGCAAGAAGUAUUUCUAUGUACACAUGGAGACUAUUGACAGAGGGGAACACUGAGGAAGGGGGACUCAGUGACGGGAAAGAGAGACAAGUGGUAGAAUGCUGGCUAAGCUCUGGGGAGGAGAGCCCCAGGAAGGGAGGAGCCAUAGAGUCAGUCUGCCUCCCCAUUUCCGAGAUGACAAGGCCCCCUCGGCUCCCAGCCAGGGCACACACUGCCCCAUUGUGCACCUGGCACCGGAAGGAAUGCAGCCAAAAGUGAGGCGGGUGUUGCAUCAGAGUGCUAAGCCCUGGGAUCAAGUGCUGGCCGGCAGCAGUGAAGGAAUACGCAGGGUACCCGGGAGGACAGAGAACGGUGGAGCUUCCCCCACCUACACGAGAGGAGCCCGAGAGAGGUCCGCCCUGCAGGAGGCAAGCGUCUUCAGGCUGAGAGGGGCUCCCCGAGGGUCCCAGGACACAGCAGAGCUCACCAUGCUGCUCUCCCUCACCCUGCUUCUCCUGAUGGGGCUGUCUACGUGCGCCGUGGCAGGUGAUGAGGAGCUGACACUCAGCGCCGAAGCAGGGUCCUGGGUAACGGUGACCCUGGAGGAAGGCGUCAUUCCCAGCAUUCAGCUCCAGCUUCAGGAGGUGAAGAGGGGCAAAGCCAGGCAGUUCUUUGGGCUGAUGGGGAAGCGGGUGGGAGGAGUACCUCCCAUCCAGCCAGAGAGAAGAACGGGGAAUCAGCGAGGACAAGUGGUCCCAGACCUCCUGGGCAAGGGAAGACCAUCUACAGAAGGUACAGAACUCUUCCCAGGAAGAGAGGACGAGGACCACGGGUCAGAGUGAGAGCCCCUACCGCACAUUUCCCAGUGGAUGAAACCCCCUUUCUCCCUACCUGGACAUUACAGCCGACCAGCCAGCCAGGCCAACCCUCUUCUCCGUGUUUCCUGUGCGUCCAACCUGGCCCUCUGAACUCACUGGGGUUCCCUCCAGGACUCUCAGUCUCAAGCAACGGUUGUGCAUAAAU